AUGAAAAGAAUAUUUAGUGCUGAAAGUGGUACUGGUGUUCAACCACCAUCAAAAUGUAAGAAAAUGCACGAAUACUCCUCCCCCACAUUAUACGAUGAUAUUCUACUGAAUAUUUUACCAUUUCUCCAUAAUAGGAAGGAAAUUAUUCCAAUUUGUUCACUCGUUUCCAAACAAUGGUUUGAUCAGUGCUGCAAACUACCUCUCUCCAUUAAACUCACCCGAGGAAGUACAUUAAACAAUUUAUUGUUCAAAAACAAAUUACUUUCCAAUUUGACUCAAUUGGAUGCAAGUAAUUGUUAUCGUCUCGAUGAUUUUGUUGGAUUGGAGUGUAUUAGAGAGUUGUGUCAGUGUGAAGAGAUGCGCAAUUUGAAGAGUCUGAUAUUGUUUGCCAAUGAAAUUGAUGAUGAAUGUUGUAAAUUAAUAGCAACCAGUCCUUAUUUGAAAAAUUUAACACGUUUAGAUUUUGGAGAAUCAGAAAUUAGGGAGGGCAUUGAAUAUUUGGCAAAUAGUGAAAAUUGUAAAAAUUUACGGAUAUUGAAAUUGGAAUCACUUUUCAAUGCGAAUAAGUCAAUUUUAAAAGCUCUUGCUUAUGGAAAAUAUUUCACUAAUUUAACAAAUUUGGAAAUUAAUGAUAUUUUUGUUGAUGAAGCUUUGGAUUUUGGUCAAUUAACUCAAUUGACAAGCUUAUGUUUAGAAAUAAGUUACAUAAAAAAUAUGGAACCAAUAACAAGGAAUGAACAUUUUAAGAAUCUCACUAGUCUCAAUUUAUGUUCAAAUAGUUUUGAGAGAGAAGGAUGUAAGGAAAUUGCUAAUAGCAAAUAUUUAAAUCAAUUGACCUAUUUGAAUUUAGGAGGGUGUAGAAUUGGAGAUGGAAUAAUUGACAUCGCCAAUAGCCCAAAUAUGAGUAAUUUAUCGAGUCUUAUCAUUUAUCAUGGCUUGUGUACUAAACAAGCAUGUAAAUAUUUAUGUGAAAGCAAGUAUAUUACCAAGUUGACUUAUUUGGAUAUCAGUAACAAUGAUAUUGGGAGUGAGGGUGUAAAAAUGAUUGUUGACAGUCCAAAUAUGAUUAAUCUAACCACCUUAAUGAUUGAUAAUUGUGGUUCAGACGAUUCGUAUAACCUUAUUUCACAUUCUGUAUUUUCCAAUCAACUUAAAAUUAUUAACAUUGAUAAUUUUGAUUGGGAUAUAAGGGGUAAAUUUAACGGUAUUGAAAAAUUGAUUUUUACAACUUUGGAAGUUGCUAAUUUAACAGAAGUGAAUUUAUUGUUUAAUGAUGUUUUUCCUAAAUUGAGAAAAAUUGCUUCCUAUCAUGAAACAUAUUUUAAAAGGAAUUCCAUAUCUGGAGAGAUUAGUUCAACACCUGCUGGAUUAAAAUUAUUUGAUAAAGUGUAUUUCUCUGAUGAGCCUAGCUCUGAUGAGGAGUAG